CAGGCUGCUACGAUACAGGGGGAUACAUAUCCAUCGGCUUCCCAGCAACGACCCACCCACGUCCGCGUCCGCGACGUCACCCGGCGCGGGACAUGGCGUCGGCAUCUCCGCCUCCCCCCACCGCCGGCGCGCGGCCCAAUCCCAGCAUACCCUCCUCCUCGUCCCCCUCCUUCUCCGCCGUCUCCCCCCGCGGCCCCAUCUCCCUCUGCGGCGCCUCGAGGGCUUCCUCCGUCUCCGUCCAGCAACGGCAGGCACCCCCUCUCGCCGGAAGGUCGCGCCUACCAGGCCUCAUCCGCUGCUCUGAUGCCUCCGGCGAGGUUGCUAGAACAAUUGAAGAGAUAUGGUGCUGCUGGAGUUUUGUCAUAUGGACUACUUAAUACUGUGUAUUAUGUUACCACCUUUUUAUUAGUUUGGUUCCAUUUUUCGCCUGCUCCUGGUAGGAUGGGCUAUGCUGCAGCAGUGGAGAGGUUCCUUAAAUUAAUGGCAAUGGUGUGGGCUGGCAGUCAGGUUACUAAAAUUCUUCGCGCAGGAGGAGCCCUUGCACUUGCUCCUCUUGUUGAUAGAGGACUGAGAUGGUUCACUGUGAAGUUCAACUUCCAGUCAGAAGGAAAGGCAUUUGCGACGAUCGUAGGGUUAUGCUUUGCACGUGCUGCGCUUAUGUUCGUUGGAUUGACAGUACUUUGGGCAUAGUGCAUAUGUUGCUGAUGACAGUCAAGGGAUUAUGGCAAGAUGUUGUGGAGGUACAGCCGUACAGGCGUUCAACAUUCACAUUUAGCUGAUAGGCUUAGUUACAACAUUUUCAGCAUAAAUAUUCCUGUAUCAAGGACCUGUCGGCAGUGUUCUUUAGUCCUUGUAAUGCAAACAGAGUUUGUGGUGGUAAUGGAAUCUGUUUUGAUGUUUAAACAGCCUCUGGAGUCAAACAUGUUGAUGUUCUUCUUUCUAGCAGCUCUGAUGAAUAAACUGUGAAAAAGCUCCA